CAACUACAACAACCACAGCGGCUCCAACAACAACAACCACAGCUGCCCCAACAACAACAACCACAGCAGCUCCAACAACAACAACCACAGCAGCUCCAACUACAACAACCACAGCAGCUCCAACAACAACAACCACAAUGGCUCCAACUACAACAACCACAGCUGCUUCAACAACAACAACCACAGCUGUGCCAACUACAACAACCACAGCUGCUCCAGCAACAACAACCACAGCUGCUCCAACAACAACAACCACAGCUGCUCCAACAACAACAACCACAGGAGCUCCAACUACAACAACCACAGCUGCUCCAACAACAACAACCACAGCUGCUCCAACAACAACAACCACAGGAGCUCCAACUACAACAACCACAGCAGCUCCAACUACAACAACCACAGCUGCUCCAACAACAACAACCACAAUGGCUCCAACUACAACAACCACAGCUGCGCCAACUACAACAACCACAGCUGCUCCAACAACAACAACCACAGGAGCUCCAACUACAACAACCACAGCAGCUCCAACUACAACAACCACAGCUGCUCCAUCAACAACAACCACAAUGGCUCCAACAACAACAACCACAGCUGCCCCAACAACAACAACCACAGCUGCCCCAAGCACAACAACCACAGCUGCUCCAACAACAACAACCACAGGAGCUCCAACUACAACAACCACAGCAGCUCCAACUACAACAACCACAGCUGCUCCAACAACAACAACCACAAUGGCUCCAACUACAACAACCACAGCUGCUCCAACAACAACAACCACAGCUGUGCCAACUACAACAACCACAGCUGCUCCAA